GCUGAUGGUGCCGACAGCGCUGUCCAAGUCCAGCCGCAGAGCUCAGCGGUCGUGCAGAGGAAAUCCUCCGUCCCCGCCAGCAGAGGCGAAUACAUUGUCACCAAACUCGACGACCUGGUCAACUGGGCGCGACGGAGCUCCCUGUGGCCCAUGACCUUCGGGCUGGCGUGCUGUGCCGUGGAGAUGAUGCACAUGGCGGCUCCUCGCUACGACAUGGACCGUUUCGGGGUGGUGUUCCGGGCCAGCCCCCGCCAGGCCGACGUCAUGAUCGUGGCCGGCACCCUGACCAACAAAAUGGCUCCUGCCCUGCGGAAG